UUAAUCGGAUUGAAGUUGUAAACUGGAUUACAUUAUUUUUAUUUGAAUUAAUUUAAGCUUUGCUUAAAUUUAUUGACAAAAUGCGUUGUAGUUUAUCAUUGGGAUAAGUAACAAAAUACUAAAUUGAAACUAAGGCUUUACUUAGAAACUCAUACUUUGAUAUUUAUAUAAAUUAUUUCAAACUGAGUCAACAACAACAAUACCAUGUUGAAAACACUUAAGUGAGAACGGAGUAAAAGGGGUAUUAACUAUACAAGAAUGGAACCAGAUUCAACGACUCACGAUAGCAAUAUUAGUAACUUAAGUAAAUCCGAAGAUGUUGAACCUGUACUGCCAUUUGCUACACAGCCUGGUAAUCUACAACUGUACAAGAACUUUAUAAAUAAGGAAGGAGAUCAGAGGCUGGAGUAUCAAUUAGUUGAGAGACUGCAGUCAUGUGAACUUAUACCUAAAAGUGUUAAAUGUCUAGCAGAGGGCUCCAACUGCAAUGUUAUCUGUAGGACAGCCAGAGUUGUUGACAGAGUGCAAUGGAUAUGUGAGGGUUGUGGCAAGACUCAACCAAUAAGGGCUGGAUCCUUCUUCUUUCGUCUGCAGUGUUCCAUAUUACAAAGUAUGCAGAUAAUACUGGCUUGGUGUGAGGAUGCUGAUGUUGAUGUGGUGGCUGCACACUUUGGAGUAAAACCGAAGGUAGCAACCCAAAUAUAUGAUAAACUAGACGAGAUUGCAAUAAAGGAACAAAGUAAAUGCAAGUUGGGUGGUGAGAACAGUGUAGUUCUGGUGGAAAUGUACCCGGACUGUGUGAACAGACUGUCUCCUGACACUACUGACCAGCCACAUGCUCAUAGGAUACUUAUGGUGGCUGAUACUAAUCACAUUCCCACAAGUUAUUGGCUACAUGUUAUGAAAGACGACAACAAGAAGACUGCAAAUGGUUCCCUUGACACUCAGGCAUUGGUAGCAGAAAUCGGCGAUGUGCUUAAGGAGGCGGUGGUAGAAGGCUCUGUGAUAGUGACUGGGAACAACAUACCGGCUGUACCAAACACCUCCUCCAUACAGAAACUGUUGCAGCACUGUGACAUGGAUAUGCAACGGUUUUUGACCACUCGUAUCUGGCGCCAAGCGGUGACGUUAUGCUGUGCGUCCCGUUCAAUCUGCAAUGGCGGACUGACGGCCGCCGCCUGCGCCACGCUGGUGCAGCGGUACCUCACCACCUCGCUGUACAGGCUGCGGCAUGACGACGGCUUCUACAACACAGUCCUUAAUACUAUCGUCGCUGAGUACAAUAAGUGUGAUACAUAAUAGAUAUUCAGGUUCUCCCUGUUUUUUUAGGGCGAAGGUUAUUGGUUUAAGUUUUUAAACUGACAUGGUCACUAACUUUAACUUGAAACGGGAUAUUUACCAUGUUGCAAGCGCCAUGAUCACGGAUGAACAGUUCAUCCGGGAACAUGGUAAUAAUAUUAGUGUUAUCGGUUUUUCUCCCAUUAAGCAGAAGGGUCACUCCUUAAUGUAGGAGAUUCGUAACUAUUGCAAAUCUUCUAACAUUUGUUACGUUCUGUUGACACCUUCGAAGGAAUGUUAUGUUGUAAUUCUUGUUGGUAUUUCCAGAGUAAUUAUUUUAUUAGAACGAUAUUAUUUUUGUACCUAGAAUUAGUGGUUUCUGUUUGUUUUCCAUGCUGUUGUAAGCUUGAAGUGUUAUUUUUUUAAUAAAUUACUGACUGUUUUCAGAUUAACAUUCAAUUAAUACUAAAAUAAUAUAAUAAUAAUUUUAGAACAUGGAUAUUGUCUACUGUUAAUGUAGGUAAUAGAAUUAAAAUAAUACUUAUGUUGCAAAAAGUAUGAUAUUUACGGAAUUUUCAGCACCUGUUAUAUUGCAAAUACCUCUUCAUUUUUUUUUUUGUUAAUUCAUUAUACAUUUUGACAUUCUCGAAUCAUGUUAUCAAUGUUGUGUGUUUUGUUUGAAACAUUUUUACUAAGUUACGCCAUUUUUUUUAAACUAAGGGACCGUGCUGGUUGCGCUACCAUUACUCUUUGCGCUAAACUUGCGCAAGUUGAUACUAAAAUGUGUUUGUACUCGUGUUAAGAUAUUAAUGUAGAUUUAAGUCUUUUAGUGCCUUUAAUAACAUAGUCUUCGUAAUAAGUGCCUUAUUUGUUGCAUGCAUAGACGAGAGACUUCUGUUCGAUGGACUUGACUCAACUUCAAGAAUUAUUCGAUGUGCUUUUUAAGGAAUCUAUAUUAAAAAAAGUGUGCCAAGAUGCAGUCAAGUACUCAGUGAGUCAUAUUCAAAAUCUUAAAUUGAUAUUUGUCCUACUCAGCAAAAGUCCCAAGUUUGCGUAAUGCCAGAAUAUGUUGAAUUCUUGUUUUAUGUGUUUGUUGAUAAAGUUCAUUUUAGUUUAUAAUUAUUGGAUUCUGAUAUAAAAGAGUACUUUACUAUAUUCCGAUGUAUAAUAUAGUAGUAUAUAUUGUUAUCGUUAAUGAUUCUGACAUUUCUAUUCAUUCAUUGAUACUUAUGUGUGUGCUAGUUGAUAUUAUUUUUUUCUUAUAUUUGUAUGGUUACUGUGAGUACCAAUGUACCUUUUUCCGAGUUAUAUGUACUUUCUAAGAUUGUUUUAUUCCCCAUUUAUCAGUGAUGUCUAACCACUGUCAAAGGUUUAAAGGAAAUCAUCCUGAGGAACUCUUAUACUUAUGUUUGAAAUCACCAACCCGCAUUGAGCAGGCGUGGUGAUUAAUGCGCAAACCUUUUCCGUGCGAGAAGAGGCUUUUGGUUAGCAGCAGCUACUUAUAGGCUGUCAUCUAUUUAUAUGUGGUUACAUUUGUUAGUCAUGUGUCAUCCUUUCAAAAAUAAGAGGCAUAUUACAUAACAAAAAGUGAAAUGGUUACAAAUUGGAGAAAAUAUUUUUAUUGUACCUAUACUUACUCGUAUUCUUUUACCAAAUUCUGUGCACAAUAAUGUCUUCCCAAAAUACAAUUUUUACUGAAGAAAAUAAAGAAAUAUUUUUACUUUGA